UGAGGCUACGGAGGCUCGGGCGUCCGAGGGCGGCCGAGUCCGAGCGGGAGGGUUCUGCUCGGGACCGAGUGGGGACCCCCGCCUCGGGGCGCAGGCUGGCGGCGAAGCGGCCCCGGCGGUCACCAUGCGGGCCUUCCUGGAGCUGCCGACGCCGCUGCUGGUGAACUUGGUCGGCUCGCUGCUGGGGUUUGCGGCCACAGUCACCCUCAUCCCAGCCUUCCGCGGCCACUUCAUCGCCGCGCGCCUUUGUGGAAAGGACCUCAACAAACCCGGCCGGGAGCUGAUCCCGGAGUCCCAGGGAGUGAUCAGCGGUGCUGUUUUCCUGAUCCUUCUCUUCUGCUUCAUCCCUUUCCCUUUCCUGAACUGCUUUGUAGAGGAGCAGUGUAAAGCCUUCCCCCACCAUGAAUUUGUGGCCCUGAUAGGCGCGCUUCUUGCCAUCUGCUGCAUGAUUUUCCUGGGCUUCGCGGAUGAUGUCCUGAACCUGCGCUGGCGCCAUAAGUUGCUGCUGCCCACAGCUGCCUCACUACCUCUCCUCAUGGUCUAUUUCACCAACUUUGGCAACACGACCAUUGUGGUACCCAAGCCCUUUCGUCCGAUUCUUGGCCUGCAUUUGGACUUGGGGAUCCUGUACUAUGUCUACAUGGGGCUGCUGGCAGUGUUCUGCACCAACGCCAUCAACAUCCUCGCGGGGAUCAAUGGCCUGGAGGCUGGUCAGUCACUAGUCAUCUCAGCUUCCAUCAUUGUCUUCAACCUGGUAGAGCUGGAAGGUGAUUGUCGAGAUGACCAUGUCUUUUCCCUCUACUUCAUGAUACCCUUUUUUUUCACCACCUUGGGAUUGCUCUAUCACAACUGGUACCCGUCACGGGUGUUUGUGGGAGAUACCUUCUGUUACUUUGCUGGCAUGACCUUUGCCGUGGUGGGCAUCUUGGGACACUUCAGCAAGACCAUGCUGCUCUUCUUCAUGCCCCAGGUGUUCAACUUCCUCUACUCCCUGCCUCAGCUCCUGCACGUCAUCCCCUGCCCUCGCCACCGUGUGCCCAGGCUUAAUACCAACACAGGCAAACUGGAGAUGAGCUAUUCCAAGUUCAAGACCAAGAGCCUGUCUUUCUUGGGCACCUUUAUUCUAAAGGUAGCAGAGAGUCUGCAGCUGGUGACAGUGCGCCAGAGUGAGGAUGAGGAUGGUGCCUUCACGGAGUGUAACAACAUGACCCUCAUCAACCUGCUCCUUAAAGUCUUUGGGCCCAUGCAUGAGAGGAACCUCACCCUGCUGCUGCUGCUGCUACAGGUCCUGGGCAGUGCUGUCACCUUCUCCAUUCGGUACCAGCUUGUCCGGCUCUUCUAUGAUGUCUGAGCUCCCUGAUCACUGCCUUCACGUCACAGUCUCCAGGGCUCCCGACUCAGGCCAAGGACUCAGGCCAAGCUCAUUCUAGACCAAGACUGCCUCUCAGCCCACGUCCCCGUCCCCCGCCCCCCCCCCCCCGCUCCUCCCCAACCUUCCCUUUCCCCUGUGAUGAUUGACAUGCUGGGCCUUUCCUGCCCUCCGUUGACUAUUGAUUGGCCUUUCCUAUAGUUUUCUUCAACUUGCCACUCUCCCCAUCCAUCUGUCUUUCCAGCCCCCUGAGGUGGGGACAUGCGGCUGUUAGGGUUUCCACAGCACCGACCUUCAAGGAAUAGGCUGGGCCUGGGGCAGAGCCCUGGCUCGUGAUAGGAACACAGGCUCGGAGAAGACUUCACAUUAGACUAAAUUAAGGGUUCUAAUUAGUAAAAGAAGUAGGGGGUGCAGGUGCUCCCACUGGUAACAAUAAAGUGAUGUUUUUUCCUUGU